UAAUGUGUAAAAGGGAUUGCUAUAAGUCACAAUUUUGAGCUCAUGCCUGGAAUAUUAAUUAUUACACAGGGUUGAACAUGUUAAGAAAUCGGGACUUUUUGAACUUAUUAAUUUAUCUCGGUUCUCUAUUACUGAGUCUCGGGAGUGCUGAAAAGGGUAGAAUAUUAGAUGAUUUUCAAUUUGUUGCAACAUCUGCUCUGAAGUCUGGCAGCCCUCUACAGGUUGUGGAAUGCAAGAAAUUAAAAAACCUGACAAAUUUCAGUGAAAAUACGAGAAGUGUUUUCUCAAAUUAUGAUUUCCUAAAAAUAAUUCAUGAUGAUGAUACAACGAUGGAUUUGUUGAAAUUAUCAGAUGGGACAUGUUAUCAAGAUCCUGGAGGAAUAUAUUCCCCGAAAAGUUUGCAACUGGAGUGCAAAAAGUUAACCAAAAAAUCGCUGCUUUCCUUUUAUUUUUUUCAGACAGUGCGAUCGACAUCUUGUGAUUUUUAUGAAUUAGACUGUAGCGGAAUACCUUUUGCUGAGGAUUUCUGUGUUCCAUGCAAGUCAUACUGUCCUUCCAAUGUCACGUGUUUCGUUUUGGCCGGAAGUUGUACAACAAUGACCAUGCAUUUGAAGAAAAACAACUAUACAAGCGACGACGAACUAGACUUUCAUUGUCCCAUUGGAUUCAAGGGUAGAAACUGCAGUGAGACUUGUGAGCUUGGGACCUAUGGAGACAUAUGUGAUUCUCGAUGUAGUACUCACUGUGUGGACAGUAUUUGUCAUCACGUGAAUGGCACGUGCAUGAGAGGAUGUAAACCCGGAUGGAAGGGUGACAAAUGUGACUCACCAGAUUGUCCCAAAGGCAAAUACGGUGAGGGUUGUACUAAACUGUGUAGUCCAAACUGUAGUUUUCGCUGUUCCUCCAAAGACGGGAUUUGCGUCUGUAACAACGGGUUCCAAAGUGUCAAGUUUGAAGGAGUUUUAUGUAACAAACCUUGUGAUCCAGGGACUUAUGGAGGAGGAUGUACUCAGAAUUGUGGGAAAUGUCGGCAAGGAACCACGUGCUUCCCUGCCAACGGCAUUUGCCCAGAUGGAUGUGAUUUACCCGGAUACCGCUUUGAAAACUCAUACUGUAGUUCAUUUGCUUUGGAUUCAAAGUAUUUGUACCUGUACAAAUGUAGUCGAACAACUUACGGGAUAAAUUGUGAAAAGAACUGUAGUGAAAAUUGUCUCAAAAAAAGAUGCAGGAAUACAGACGGCAUGUGCCUGAAAUGUUACCCUGGAUAUCGAGGCUUCAACUGCACGUCAGAGUGUAGUCCUGGAACAUUUGGGGAAAAUUGCAACAGUAGAUGUCAUUGCAAAGGUGGGGCUUCUUGUAACAAUGUUAACGGACACUGUCCAGGGGAAUGUGAAUCCGGAUAUGAAGGUGAAAGCUGUGAUCAUAAAGUUUGUGAACCUGGAUUAUUUGGAUGGGAUUGUGAUAAGUGGUGUUUUUGCAAAGACAACGAACCUUGUGACUGGAAGACCGGAAACUGCCCAGGCGCAUGUCAGAAAGGAUGGCGCUGGUCGACAUGUAACUGGAGAGAUGUCUGCUUAUAUCCAGAAUAUGAUGAAGAAGAAGAAGGUUCAAUCACUUGGGAACCAAAAAGCCUCGGGAUCGGAAUUGGUGUGGGAUUUGGCGCCACUCUUUUCGUAACUGGGUGUGGUCUCUUGCGCUGGCGAUUGUCUACAUGAUAAUAGACUAAUUCAAGUAUUUUUUAUGCUUUUAUUUGUGGUCCUUUAGUUUUUUCGAAUUAUGUAUUGUAAGACAGAUGAAUUAAGUACUGCAUUCUGACCUUGACAUCUCGCGAAUCCCUAAUACUGUAAAUGCAUCAAGGCUUUUUAAGUAAGGAAUGUUAUUUUUUUCGCUGUAUAAGGUAAAUCUUGCAGAAAUGACAAAAAAUGUUGUUGAUUUCCUUGAAAAAAAAAACCCACAUAAGUACAUAAUAAUUUUUUGAUCAUGGUUGCAAUUCACUUUCUUCAUAACUUUAUGUUCUUUAAAAUAGGGUUGGUUAUAAGUAGUUCUGCUAUAGUGUGGUUUGUGUUCUUACUGUUACUGUCCAAUAUAAAUAUCCUGUCUUCUUGUAUUGGUAACAAUCUAGAGGGCUGUGUGUGUUAGAUUAUUAAAUAACACAGUUCAUUUCUUUUCGCAAUACUUAAUGUAAAAUGAAAACUAGCGAUAA